CGUUACCCUAGAAUGUAGCAAUGAAACCUCCACCAAGUCUGGAUCUUCGAGCAGCGGAAAUGCAACUAGUGUCUGGGCAUCUCACGAGCAGACUGUGCCGCUGAGUGCCGUAGAAGAACAAGUUGAAGAAACCAACCAUGUGACCACAGGAUGCAACAGUCGGGCUGAUGAAAGUAUCCAUCUUUCUUCCGCACCUUUAAACCCAUAUGAUAAAGAUGUACAAAAUGCCUUCAUGGCUCACUUGGAAGUCCCCCCAGAAGACCAUCCGGGGUUCAGUUACUUGGACCACAAUGUGCCACCGUUGCGUCCCGGCAGAAGCAUUACGAUUGGCAGUCAAGGUGACCAGUAUUAUGUGUCAAAGCAGGUGGGCCAAGGGGCAUACGGCAAAGUGUACCACGCAAAAUUGCUUCCAGAGGAUGCUGUCACAGACGUAGUUCUGAAGGUGGUCAAGCUAUGUGAUAAUUUGUGGGAGUUCUGCAUCAUGGCAGAACUAGCGGCGCGACUAACUGCUUCAGAGUUGCCAUCUGUGACCAGGUCAGUGGCUUGUGCUUACGUUGGAGCCUUCUACAAGAAUGGUAGCGUCCUGGUCAUGCCCUACUGCCAAUAUGGGACACUGCUUGACCUGGUCAACGUGUUCAAGCAUCGUGGAGAGUCAGUCCCAGAGUGCCUCGUGCUGUACUUUACACUCGAGAUGCUGAUAGUGCUUGCAAAAAUACACAGCGUCCAGAUCAUUCAUGGAGACGUGAAACCUGACAACAUUCUGAUAGUGGACUUGUAA